AUGGAGGCUGACUGGGGAGAAGGAACAUCCCCCCAAACCUACAACAAGACUCAGGCCUUGCUUGCCAGCCUCUCCUCCCCGGACCUGCUCAGCUCAGCACCUUCAAUUGCCCCCUUGGCUCUGCCCUCCCCCUCAACGGGCCUGUCUGCUCAGCCCGUGGGCUGCACUGGGCCGCCCAGACCCACCCUGUAG